UUGUACCACUCCGGUGAAGCCCUCGUCGCAUGCAAAUACUUAUAAAGUUUUUCCGGUAGCAUUUAGCCGUAUUUUGAAGAAAAGACAGGGAGAGAAGAUGGAGUAUAUAUUGAGGACGCUGACGAAGAAGGAAGAAGUAGAUUCGAUAAUAAGGGACACAAUCGAUAAAGUUCUCGUCCUCCGUCUCGGCCGAUCCUCUGAUCCUCUUUGCCUCCAGCUUGACGACAUCCUGUAUAAAUCUGUGAGAGAGGUGUCCAAGUUUGCGACUGUGGCUUUAGUGGAUAUUGAUUCAGAGGACGUUCGAGUUUAUGUCAAGUAUUUUGAUAUAACCUUAAUACCAUCUACCAUUUUCUUCUUCAAUGCUCAUCAUAUGAAGAUGGAUUCUGGGAGUGCAGAUCACACCAAGUGGGUUGGAGCAUUUCAAAGAAAACAAGACUUCAUUGAUGUUGUAGAGGCAAUAUUUAGAGGGGCCAUGAAAGGCAAGCUCAUAGUGACUUGUCCCCUUCCUCCAGAGAGAAUACCAAAGUUUCAGUUGCUAUACAAAGAUGUUUAGCAGACUGUUGAUUGCUGAGCUGCAAGAGAAAACUUCACAUCUUGAAAGCCAUUGUUUCUGGAUGAUUAUAUUGACCAUUACGAAUCCAUAUCACAAAGUUGAAAGGGUUCUGAAUUUUGGUACUUUUUAAUAUCAAUAUAAGAAACAGGAUCGUAG